ACAAGCCAAUUAACGCUAUAAAUACCCACAUGGACUCCUGCAUUCUCCAUUAUCGAUCUCAUACACUUCCUUGCACCAAUAAAGCAUCAGUUUGAUCUCUAGCUAGAUAUAAAGUAUUUGUUAAUUUGUUUUUGACGUUAAUUAACAUGGCAACCACGCUCAAAUCUCUCCGCUUCUUUGUCAUUCUUUUGAUGGUGAACUCCCUCUUCUUCAUUGGGACUACCGAAGCCCGUCCCUUCAACAUUAUGAAGUCAGGAAACUCUGCUGCUAGCAGAGGUACUGAGAGUUUAUUUGAUGGGUUAUCACUUGGAGGAAUUAAAGAUGGUUCUAGUCCUGGUGUAGGACAUGGGUUUACCAACAGUAAAACACUUGGGGGAAUCAAAGAGGAUCCUAGCCCUGGUUCAGGACAUGGGUUCACCAAUAGUGAAACACUUGAAGGGAUCAAGGAGGGUCCUAGCCCCGGUGCAGGACAUGAGUUCACUAACAGUGGAACACUAGGAGGGAUUAAGGAGGGUUCUAGCCCUGGUGUAGGACAUGAGUUCACCAACAGUAAAACACUCGGGGGAAUCAAAGAGGGUCCUAGCCCUGGUGUAGGACAUGAGUUCACCAACAGUGGAACACUUGGAGGGAUCAAGGAAGGUUCUAGCCCUGGUGCAGGACAUGGGUUUACCGACAGUGGCACACUUGGAGGGAUUAAGGAGGGUCCUAGCCCUGGUGUAGGACAUGGGUUUACCGACAGUAAAACACUUGGGGGAAUUAAGAAUGAGGGUCCUAGCCCUGGUGUAGGACAUGAGUUCACCAACAGUAGAACACUAGGAGGGAUCAAGGAGGGUCCUAGUCCUGGUGCAGGACAUGGGUUUACCGACAGUGGCACACUUGGAGGGAUCAAGGAGGGUUCUAGCCCUGGUGUAGGACAUGGGUUCACCAACAGUAAAACACUUGGGGGAAUUAAGAAUGAGGGUCCUAGCCCUGGUGUAGGACAUAAGUUCACCAACAGUAGAACACUAGGAGGGAUUAAGGAAGGUCCUAGCCCUGGUGCAGGACAUGAGUUUACCAACAGUGGCACAUUUGGAGGGAUCAAGGAGGGUUCUAGUCCUGGUGUAGGACAUGGGUUCACCAACAGUGGAACACUAGGAGGGAUUAAGGAGGGUUCUAGCCCUGGUGUAGGACAUGGGUUCACCAACAGUGGGACACUUGGAGGAAUUAAGGAGGGUCCAAGUCCUUGUUGUGGAAACAAAUACACUACCAGCACCAAGUAUUGACUCGUGUUUAGCCACAACAAAUAUUUGAGUUAUUCUUUUGUUAAUUAAUAUUUGAUAUAUCUUUAUUUUUCAAUUAUAAUUUUUUUUUAUUUUAUUGAAAUUUUAUGAUUUAUCAUGUAAUAGAGGUUAUAUAAAAUUUCAAUCGCUGAAAUUUCAAAUUAAUACAUACAACUUAUUAUUA